CACCACCUCCACCACCACCACUAGGUCGAGUCGAGGAGGAGGAGGAGGAAGAGGAGGAGGAGGAGGGAUGAGGCGCGCGGCGGAGGGGAAAUGGCUGCCGAAAACAAGCCGGAAGGACUGAAGAAGAUAAGAAAUCCAGAGCGAAUGGUCAGGAUUGCUGUUGGUUACACAGGACACACCCCUCCCAAAAGUGACGACACUGACGCCAACAAUGAACCAGGCCAGUUAAAGAUCUACCUUCCUAAGAAGCUGCUUGAGUGUCUACCCAAAUGUUCCUCUCUGCCCAAGGAGCGCCAUCGCUGGAACACCAACGAGGAGAUUGCUGCAUAUCUCAUCACUUUUGAGAAACAUGAUGAGUGGCUGACGACAUCGCCAAAAACCAGGCCUCAAAAUGGCUCUAUGAUCCUCUAUACCGCAAGAAAGAAGGUGAAGUACAGGAAAGAUGGCUACUGCUGGAAGAAAGGAAAGAUGGGAAAGACCACCCGAGAGGAUCAUAUGAAGCUGAAAGUGAGAGGAGUGAGCUGUCUGUAUGGCUGCUACGUCCACUCCUCCAUCAUCCCCACCUUCCAUCGUAGAUGCUAUUGGCUGCUGCAGAACCCAGACAUUGUGCUUGUACACUACCUGAAUGUGCCAGCAGUGGAUGACAGCGGGAAGCCAUGUGGUCCUGUCCUCUGUUCCAUCAACACAGACAGGAAGGAGUGGGCCAAGUGGAGCAAGGAGGAGCUCAUUGGGCAACUCAAACCUAUGUGUGCUGGAAGCAGCCUGCAUCAGAAAUGUUCCAGUGUCAAGCAACGUAUCAUCUCGUCAAAGCAAGAGUCAGGGGCAACAGCAGGAGGAGGGGCUGCUGUCGGUACCGGCUUAGUGGCAGGCCAGAGGGCUGAGGAAGCAGAUGGGACAGAAGUCCAGAACAGCGAUGUGUCCGAGGGCCAGACGGCGCCCAGCCCAGGUGGGGGCAGGAGCAGAGCAGGCGGUGGAGAGAGGAGGAAUGGCAGGAUAACCAAACCCUCCCUACUCCCACAGAGCAGCAUGGAGGUGUCUUCAUCCACUUCCACCAACCAGGUGGAGGUACCUGAUACCACCCAGAGCUCCCCACUGUCAAUCACCAGCGACAUGGCUGACAGCCCUGCCCUUGCCAUCGGGGCUGGCUUGUCACAGAGCACAGCUGUGUUCAUGUCUGAGGUCACCACACUGACUGGGGAUUCAGUUUAUUCUGCUGGCCACACCCACCUGCUGGCAUCCACGCAUGAGAGCACCACCGCUGGCAUCCUCCUGGCUGUUGCCCCUGAAAAUCAGAGGUUUACAUCAUUUUCCGGAGUGGUUGGCCUAGGAGAUGGAGGAGAGCUGGUUCUGUCCAGCUCUCUGGACACUGGGGGAGGAGUCAGCCUUCCUGAAACCACCAUGACCUUCGACCCUGAUUGCUUCCUCAAUAACCCCAAGCAGGGACAGACAUACGGAGGAGGUGGAGGCAAGACUGAAGGGUGUAAUGGUGAUGAUGGUGGUGGGAUUCACUGUUCCUCUAAUGGGUUUGUCUACAACUCAGCUCUUGUCAACAACAUCAAGACAGAACCAACACCCCUGGAGCAGCCAUUGGCCACCCAGAGCAGCUAUGUGGGAGAAGGGACCGGCCUUAGCCCAAGCACCACCUUGGAACAGAUGGACUUUAGUGCUGUGAUGUCAUCAACUUGUGUCCCGACUCUGACCCAGCAGGCUCACCACCCCUCUCCAAGCCUCUUCCUCCAGGCCUCCCCCCAGACGAGUCAGGCCUCCCAGCUCCAAACUAACGGUACUGAGGCAAGCCCAGAAUCAGGCGAGGCCCAGGCUUACAUUGGCCUGCCCACUGUGCCAACAGGCUCUCCGGUCACCAAUGGAGACCCACAUACACACAUACACCAAGCCAGCCCAGACCAGCAGGCCCUGUGUGGACGGAACGGACAAGGGGCAGCAGUUGGUUCUUUUCCUUUGACCCAACAGGAUGCUACUGUUGACCAAUCAGGCAGCAGGGGGCACCGGGAGGUUGGGGGCAUUGACAAGGCUACGGAGAAUGGAGGAGAAUUGCUCCUUAAGCCUGGAGAUCCUCAUGAGCCCUAUGCUGCUGUGGACACUGAGCACUACCUGCAACCCACAGAUGACAACGCAGGAGGAGAGGAGGGUGGAGGGGGGGGUACAGGAGGAGGGGGAGGAGGGGAAAAUGAGAUUCUUUGUAAUGGUGUAAGCUUAUCAGGGGCCAGUAGUUCAGUGGUGGCCAGUCCUCAGUCGAUAGCUGCUGGUGCAAACAUUGAAGGGGCGCUCUACAGCUCUCCCCUUCCUCAGCAAGGUGGGGGAGUAUCAGCGACAGCAGGUGGAGCAGGGGCAGCCAUCAGCCUCGAGGGUUUUGAAGCUUCGUUUGGAAGCCAGUUCUCUGAUCUCAUCAAUGAUUUCAUAUCAGUUGAGGGGUCUGGAGCUGGGGUGGGGGCAGCUGUCACUGGGGUGCUGAUGACCCAGGAGGGGUCAACAGGAGAGGAGCAAGGCACAGGAGCAGGCCACCUGCAGGGCUCAGAAGUGGAGCAGGGAGCUCUGGGACUGCUCCAGGAGACUGGGAGGCUGUUUGGUGUGACAGACUACUCCCCAGAGUGGUCUUACCCAGAGGGUGGAGUAAAGGUGUUGAUCACAGGUCCGUGGUUAGAGUCAAGUAGCGAAUACAGCUGUUUCUUUGACCACAUCAGUGUACCUGCUGCCCUCAUCCAGCCUGGGGUGCUGCGCUGCUAUUGCCCAGCCCACGACACUGGACUCGUGAUGCUGCAAGUAGCAAUGGGUGGCGAGGUCAUUUCUUCAUCUGUGGUGUUUGAAUACAAGGCACGCGACCUUCCUGCUUUGCCAUCUUCUCAACAUGACUGGCUGUCCCUGGAUGAUACCCAGUUCAGGAUGUCCAUCUUGGAGAGACUGGAGCAGAUGGAACAGAGGAUGGCCGAAAUAUCCAAUCAGAACCCCAGUUCAGAUACCAUAGCAACCAAGGGCGGAGGAGUGGAGGGGGGAGGAGCCACUGAUCAGCAUUCUCAAAUGUCACCUGAUCAGGGUUCAUUUGAGGGUCGUGUGGUGGUGGUGUGUGAGAAGAUGAUGUCUCAGCCCUGCUGGGCUUCAUCUAAUCAGCUUGUCCACAGUAAAAACUCCAGAGGAAUGACCUUAUUGCAUCUGGCUGCAGCUCAGGGCUACGCUGGGCUCAUUCAGACUCUGAUUCGCUGGCGCACUAAACAUGCUGACAGUAUUGACCUUGAGCUAGAGGUGGAUCCUUUGAAUGUAGAUCACUUCUCUUGUACUCCUUUGAUGUGGGCAUGUGCUCUAGGUCACACUGAGGCAGCACUGGUGCUAUAUCAGUGGGAUCCAAGAGCUUUGGCUAUUCCUGACUCACUGGGACGUUUGCCACUGAACAUUGCCCGAUCUCGAGGCCACACACGAUUGGCUGAGCUUUUAGAGCAGCUGCAACAAACUCCUACAGCUCAGGGCCAGCCUAAUGACACAUGGAUGGACAGGUGGAAAGGAGAGUCGCAGUCCAGUGGAGUAACCAACACCACCACCCCUAACUCUAACCCUAACUCUAGCUCAGAGCUGAGAAGAGCCAGGACAGAGAACCAGCCAGACAACCAGAACCAGACAUGGACUCAGACAGGACACAGACCACAACAGGGAACCCAGGGAGAUCAGGGAGGUCCACCCCCAGCCAAGAGACUCAAGCCCAGCCCAGAAACCCAGCAACAGCUAGCUAACUCCCCCUCUGGCACUGUCACACUUAACUCUCUCCUCAACUCUUCUUCUUCUAACCCUAACCCUCAACAUUCUCCGCUCCCCAACACACAAAAAACUCAACCCUCCAACCUCAGCUGUCAGAACGUGCCUCCUGCCAGCUCGAGCGCUAACCGGCCCCAGCUCCCCAGCACCCCAUUCUCCCACCUGCAGGCCAGGAUAGGGGGUUUUGGAGGUGCUAACAGGUGGAGUCUGAGACAGACUCUGGGGCAGCGUAGCCUAGCCAGGAGGAUUCUGGGAAAAGAACGACUGGCCAUUCACCUGCGCCAAAGAGUGCUGUCUGACAGAGGGGAGGAGACAGAGCUGCUGACCUAUCAGGAUAACGCAGAGGACUUACAGAUGGAUAUCACAAUGCUAGCUGAUCAUAUUAUGGAGGCUUCUGCAAGUAGACUGAAGCAGGAGGCUAUGGAGACUGAAACAGACUCUGGGAAACUGGGGAUUAGCAGUGACGUUAGAUUACUGUCUGGUUACCUUGGUGAGGUGGAGAGAUUUCUGAACUCAAAGCCCCAGAGUCCAAGCCCUAAACCAACCACUCUCUCAGGGCCUGAGGAUCAUCCAAGUCCUCAAGCUAAGCAAGCCCUGUCCUCCUCCUUCGACUGGAGCUCCUUCCUCUGUGCAGCUAUGAAAGAGGAGAGGUUAAAAACGGAGUCCUCCUGUCUAGCCAUGACCGAAGCAGAGCAGGGAGAACUGUAUGAGACCAUCAGACAUGCUCUGCACUCCCUCAGAAAACACAAGGGUCCCAUUCAGGAACAACGCAAAGAGAUUGCAGCAGUGAUUCAGCGCUGCUAUAAGAGAUAUAAGCAGUAUGCACUUUAUAAGAGGAUGACCCUGGCUGCCAUCCUGAUCCAGAGUCGUUUCAGGAGUUUUCAUGAGCAGAGGAAGUUCCAACAGAGUCGUAGAGCAGCGGUCCUCAUCCAGCAAUACUACCGCUCCUACAGGCACUCCCUCAGCAGCCUCCUAAGUAAAAAACAGAACCAGGCUGCUCGCAAAAUCCUGAGGUUCCUGCUCCGAUGCCGCCACAGGGCCAGAGAGCAGAGAAAGGCCAGGGGUCCUGAGAGCCCACCACCAGGCCCCACACACAGCCCUCUCAGCCUGUGAGCAAUCUACAGUGUACACCCUCCUCGCCCAUCAUCUUCUUCCUUUACCUUCAUUCUCUCCAAAUCCCCUCCCUGUCCAUUCCUUGACCCCUUCUCCCUCUGCCCUCUUUCCCUCUCUUCCCUCUUUUCUCCUACCCUCUCUCCCUGAUUCUCUCAAGAGAGAAAAACUCUUCCCAGACAGACUGAGGACAGGAUAGGUGUCCAUCAUGGCAGCUCAGACAGACAGACUGCUGGGCAGAGCCAAGGGACCUGGCUCUGCCCACAGCACUGAUCCUCCUCCACAGUUUCACUGGGAGGCCAUCACAUUAACCUCAUGGCAUUCUUUGCACUCUUCAUGGGUAUCUUACUUUGCAAGAAAAGUCAGCGAGUCAAGCGAGAGAACGUGAGAAGGCGCCUGACAACGGCAUCCUGCUAUUCUGGCUGCAUCGGAAUGUGGCGAAAAGGCUCCUGUGAUGAACAGCUGACUGAAGGAAAAGGCUCCUUUGACAUGCAGAAUAUAUACAAAACCUGCUCGGUUUUGUAUCCAAGCAGCGAUCCAUGAUGAAUAAGAAAACAUAAACCAAAAAACUCACUUCUAUGUUGCAUUUGCAUGCAAGAUUUUUUCGCUUAUUCCUCCUCUUCAUCAUCCUAAGCGAUAUCGUGGCAAAUCAUUCUGCUGAUUUAGUAUAUCACAAUAUCACCAACCACUCUGACUCACAGGCUUACAAACUUAUUAAUCAGUCACCCGAUCAAAAGGGGAGGAACUGCACUUGAAUGUAAGAGGGGCAUUGUUAGAUAAGGGUUGGGGUCUGAAUAACGAUGUCUUAAUUUGUUACAUGGACUUUGUAUGGAGUCGUUCUCAGAGGCAGCACUUUGCUAGCCUGACGUGGUGUGUCCGUGUUUGUUCAAUUCAAUGCAUGUGUUUGAGCUACGAGCUCCUGCAUGCUUGCCAAACUGCUUUAGUGUUGUUUCUUUUGUAUUUCUAUGUGUAGUUGUGUCUCACUUCCGUCCUCAUCAACUUAUCCUUGCCCUGUGUAAUGUGAAAUGUGUAAGGACAAAUGACUUAUUUUGGGUGCUUUUUUUUACUUAAUUUAUUUAAGGGUCUAAUUAUUUAUUUAAUUGGCUCAAGAGUGGUUUUGCUUGAGACUGGUUUCCCCCCUUGUGUGGUAAAAUAUGACAUGUUCCAAUGGUUAAAUGUCUCUGUUAGUUUGUUCUUUGCGUGAACCUCUAAAUCCUAACUGUGGUUUUGAGGAGAGAGUCACAUACCAUUGCCUUGACUUCUUCUUGACUCUGAGAGGUCUCUAUGCUUGCUCUGUACAGGACAUGGGUCCUAUACAUGCCCCUAUACAGGGCACGGUCCCCAUAUUAGCCCAAAUGGGCAAUCAAAUCCAUAUUUUGGACUAUUGCAUACUCCUGUAUAUAAACUGACGAGGUAAGGGGAUACGAGGACCCUGAAACUUUUUCAUAAGAGGACUGUAUUUAAGAUUAUAAAUUAUUUUACUCCCAUAAUGAGAACUUAAGACAGAGACCUGGGUACACAGGAUGGCUGUAUUGCUUGUAAAUAAUGUAGAUAUUACAAACGGAGUAACAUGCAUGAGAUUUAAGACAAAGAAACAGCAAAAAGAACAUGUUAGUGGCUAUGGACUGUGAGAGGAUUUUAACUGCUUCACUUUAAGAGUAUCCAGUAUAAGUGUUACUGAAAAGAACAUUUUGUUAAAGCAUGCAACUGAAAAAUCUAAUGUUAGAAUUAUAAGUGGGAAAACAAAGUUAGCUGAAACAAUGAUCUUUCAGACAAAACAUUUACACUUUGUGCUUUUGUUUCUUGGCUAGCAAAAAUUAAACCCUUUUUGCCA